GGGUGGGAGCGCGCCUUAAGACGGAGCAAUGGCGGCACUGGCUCCUGAGGAGUCGACCUUCUCCGCGGCCGGGGAGAGCCAGGCGCCCGGCGGGGAGCGGGAGGGCCCCGACGGCGAGGCGGAGGAGCCGCCCAUGGUGUUCCUGUGCGCCGGCUGCAAGCGGCCCGUGGGGGACAGCCUCAGCUGGGAGGCCCACGACGACGAGAGCGGCUGCGUCCUCCUCAACAGUGAGCGCCAGCGGGGUGUCACCCUCAAUGUCUCUGUGGACAAAGAGCAAAAACUUUCGACCCAGGCAGGUGAAUAUGGCUGCAUGAUUGAAACCUUGUUUUGCUCUGGAUGCAAGAUGACACUUGGAAGCAUUUACAGAUGCACACCAAGACAUCUGGACUAUAAACGAGAUUUAUUUUGCUUGAAUGUUGACUCCCUAGACAGUUACAUCUUAGGAUCCUCAGAACAGAAAGCUGAAAUUGAUGAGGAACCUCUCACCCUUGAAAGUCGAGCUAGUUUAGAAGAAUCACUAGGAAGGGCAGAAACAAUAUUGAAAGCAUUGGAGCAACGGUUGUCUGUAGUUGAAUCAAGUUUUGCAUCUCUUCAUAACAUUGGCUGAAAAAGACCAUGAACCUUACUAAUGUUAAUAUUGUUACAUAACUUUGGUGUUGAUGACAUAUACUCCUUGGAGUUUGUUGAAUCACUGAAAGAAUUAGCCACUUAAAAACUCAGAAUAUAGCUCAGUCUCUGGCAGGCUGCAAAUACAGGUUUCCCAGGAAGGAAAAUACUUCUGGGGAACUGAAGAGAUUCUUCAGAGAUCCUGUUAAUCAAAAAUCUCUUUAAUUUCCUGAAUGACUGAGAUCUUUUUCAGUGUUCAUGUUGGCUUUCUGCUUUUGAUUCUGUAUAUAGUUUGUGACAUCAGUUUGUCAGUUUAAGGAAAAAUGUGCUUAUCCUUCAAGGAUGCUGGUACCUUUAAGGCAGGCAUGAGCAAACUUGGGCCCUCCAGGUGUUUUGGACUUCAACUCCCACAAUUCCUACAGUCAGUAAGUUGUUAGGAAUUGUGGAAGUUGAAUCCAAAACACCUGGAGGACUGAAGUUUGCCCAUGCCUGCCCUAAGGGGUCUUAGGAGAUCAGUGCCUGGAGAUCAAUGGCACGGUACUUAAACCUUCUGUGUAUGAUAACCGCUAUUUAGUCUACAUUUAGAUAUAAUAUAGAUGUCACCUGAGCCUUCAUCUGUGAAAUUGUUCAAAUUAUUUAAUUAUUGCAUCCUUUGCUCUAGAAUGCAAGAAUAAUGUUUAAAUCUUCCAGAAGAACCUGGGCAUGUCAGAAACUUUGCGUUUCCUCUUUUUCAAGUAAUACAUUGAGCUAAAUCCAGUUUUUGUCCUAACUGCAGCUAUGUUAGGACAAAAAUGAAACUUAUUAAGCAAUUAAAAUGAGACGUAUUAAGCAAUACUGAUUGAUUUCUAUGGAUUAUCUCAAAUCCAGGGCUGAAAUUGGAUUUCGCCUUUUAUCUUUGUAAAUAAAGUAACAGAAAUGCUAUAGAACUUAAGCUCAGUUUUGUAAUUUUAUGAUAUAAAGGAUUGUUUUCUAUUGUUAUUUUGAAAUCAAGAGACUUGAAUAAAUGGAAAUGCUCAGCAAGGUAUAUGUUUCAAUAAAAAUGGGAAUUUAUAACUGAGCAGAGAUAUAAAACUAAAUAGACAUUUUUUUAUUGCAAGUCUUGGUGCUUAUUGAUAAGCAUCUCAUCCUCCAGAAUUUGAAGCUUCGUGAGGUCUGCUAAAGCUGAAUAGCUUUUAUGUUUCAAAUAACCUGGGAUGGCAUUAGUCAUUAGAUUUCUUAUUAUGUUAUAGAACAUUUUGUUCAUUUAAUUCAGAUGCAUCAUAGGGUUUCAUCUCUUGUUUUCUUUUUUAAAACCAGCCCCCAUUCAUCAAGAGAAGCCUUGCAAAAUAGACUGUUGUAUUAAUAGGUGUCAUGAAGCAGGAAGCUCAAGCAGACAUUUUACCUUUUCUCUCACAAAACAAAAGGUGCUGUGGCAGCUUCAAGACAACUAAACACAAUUAUUAUAGCAUUUGUAACAGUUUGUUCUCACGUUGUUUUGGUAAAAUGCGUCUUGGUAGUGUGAAUAAAAAUUGGAAAUGAUGACUCAA